AUGGCGUCGUUUCCGUUCAAAAUACCUUCUAGCGGCAAGGCUAUUGCUGACCUCACUGUUCCAGUUCAUAAAUCGAGAAAGCCAAAAUUUGAGCUUCAUCUCAAGAUUUAUGAUCUCAACAAGGUUCCAUUAGCGUCGGGCGUGUCCGCCGUAAAAUGGUUUUUUCCGCACAGCAUACACGGUGAACACCGUGGCCGCACACACAAGCGGCCCAUUGCAAAUCACCGUGUGGAGUACGACUACUCGAAGAUCAUCCCGUUGCGUCUGGUGGUUGACCGCAACAACCGGCUCUCUGACUACCCAAUCGAGUUUGAGAUCACCCAAGAGUUUGAAAGCCAUGGCGCUGGUCGCGAUGAGAAGAUUGUUCUGGGUAAGAUCUCCCUCAACCUCGCCGAAUACGUAGCCGAGAGCGAAGCCCUUCAGCGUGACAUCCGGCCAACGACGUCCGACUCGUACGGCUCACGCGACUUGCCGGGCGGUGCGUCCAGCAGCUGGCACACGCGCCACCGGAGCUCCACGAGCAAGGCUAGCACCUUGGCCACUAGUGUUGGCACCAUCGACUCGACCGCGUCCGGCCCCGGCGGCGCUCCUUCCUCGACGGCAGGCUCCUCGGUCGCGUCUCUCACGGCAUCCGUCAACUCGGCUGUCGAGGACGGCGUCAUUCGACGCUACCUGAUGCAGGACAGCAAGAUCAACAGCACCCUCAAGAUUGGCAUUCUUAUGGUACAGCUCGACGGCGAGCACAACUACGUAGCGCCACCACUCAAGUCCGCGCCCGUUUUUGGCGGCAUCACCGGCAUCGUCGCCAAUACGGAGCCGAUAAACGCUGGCGAUAGCAAUAUUGACGACCCAGAAGAAUAUGCCCGCGUUGGUGGUGUUGUCGGGGCUAUGAUGGCCGGCAGCUCGGCCGCCAAGGGUCACGAGACAGCGGAAAUUCAAGAUGUCUACUGUCGUGCUCUUGCAGCUUCGUGGGCGUGCCAGGCCGGUGAGAUGCCGGCGGACGAGUGCAUCGAGGACAUUUUCAGUGGCGGCGACGGUUUCCGCUCAUCAAACUCGGAUUUUCACCACCUGGCUGAGCAUGCGGCUGCCGCGCACGCGCUCUCGAAUCAGCGUCACCACGAUCACCACCACUACCAUAGCGGCGGCGGCGGCAGCAAGCAGAUAGCGCCCAUGCCGACGGGUACCUCGCUGGGGGCCGUAAAAGCGCGGCAGGGCUGGUCGCCAACAUCGCCAACACCCUCAUCGAUCCAUGAAGAAGGCGACGAGGAUGGCUUUGUGUCCUCCGCACCGAGCCGCACGAACUCAGGCGGCAAGAAGCACCAAAGUAUUUUGCCAAGGCUGGGCCCCAUGCGACGUAAGCCAACGCCCCAGCAAAUGGGAGGCUCCCACUCGGGAGGUGGAAAUGCAGGCUCUUCGCUGCGGAAAAGCCGCUUUGGAGACGGCGACACGAAAAGCAGCGGCGAAGACGGCAGCGGCAGCAACGGCAGCGGCAAUACGAGCAGCAGCAACAACCACACCCACAACAACCGAGGGGACGCAGACGACGAUGACGAUGACAGUAACUUUGGCGGCCCGGGCAACAAUGCCACCUUGCGGCCAAGCGACAUUCGCAAGUUCCGCGACGGCGCCAGCCAUCUCGGCGGACCGACCAGCGCUUCGUUCCCCGCUCUGGCUGGCAAGCACGGCCUACCGGGGCGUGAGCUCAGCGGCCUCAGCGACCGCACUGUCACGCCCCAGAACGACACGGACCUUCUAGCACACCAUACGUCUGCCAUGUCCAUGGCCCUAGGCUCUCGGAGCAGCCGCAGCAGCCCGGGGCCGCAGUCUCCCACUGCAUCGUCUUUCAACCUCAGCCACCGCCGCGACAACAGCUCUGAGAACCUUGCGUCGACCGGUGCCGCCGGCGCAGCGGCGUCCUCCCGUACUUCUGGUAGCAAGGGAAGCGGCCAUGGGAGUCGACGCCCUACCAGUAGCCGGGUGCCGAGCAGCAGCAGUCGCAAGAGCAGCGGCCACGCCAGUGGUCACGGAAGCGGCAAUGGGAGCGGCAGUGGCAAUGCCAGUGGCAACGGCAGCGGCCACGACGAAGACGGUCCCCAAGGCCGUGAGUUGCACGAGUACGAAAUCCGCGACGACUUUGUGGCGUGGCGGCUGCCGGGCUCUGUUGCCGCGUCGUCUUAG